AAUGAUAAAAUCACAAAAAGAGGUGUGGGGGAGAGCGUGACAAGGGAAAGGAAAGGUGGGUGGAGAUUGGGGACACGCGCUCACAAGGGCGGGUUGACGGGAGCCAGUUAACCAGACACAUUGUAAUCACGUGGGUCUGGAUAUCGCCACACAACUCAACCCUCACCAGUCACCAUUCUCCCUUUACUGUAUCUUCUUCUCGAUUUCCCCAUUUCCCCCGCUUUCUACUCUAUGGAUCAAAACUACAACUACGACAAAUUAUAGAAGCAGACGCUGUGUUCAAAGCCUACCUCUAUGGCCGGAGCUGCUGCCGGCGGCGCUACUACUAUCCAUGACCUGCCGGAUGCGAUUCUGUCGAGCAUAUUGGCGAGCGUGACCGACACCAGGGCAAGGAACGCCGCCGCGCUGGUCUGCCGAAAAUGGCUGGUGUUGGAGAGGGGCACGCGGACCUCCCUCACCCUCCGUGGCAACGUCGUUCACAACAAUCUGUAUAUGAUUCCGACUUGUUUUCGGGCCGUGACUCACCUUGACCUCUCUCUGCUCUCGCCUUGGGGUCACUCUCUUAUCUCUCCCUCCUCUGAUCCUAUGCUUCUAGCUCAUCUUCUUCGCCAUGCCUUUCCGAUGGUGACUUCGCUCACUGUCUAUGCUCGCACUCCGGCCACUCUCCAACUCCUGGCUCCCCAGUGGCCCAAUCUCACGCACAUCAAGCUCGUCAAGUGGCAUCAGCGCUCUCCAUCAGCGCUCGGAUCUGAUUUUGAUCCGAUUCUCCGUCACUGUACCUCGCUCACUUCUGUCGAUCUUUCAAACUUCUAUUACUGGACGGAGGACUUGCCUCCGGCACUGCAGGCGCAUCCAGCGACCGCGGCGGCUCUGACUCGGUUAGAUCUGAUGACUCUGUCAUUCGCCGAGGGCUUCAAGUCUCAUGAGAUUCUCGCCAUUACAGCGGCUUGCCCUAAUCUCCAACAACUUCUUAUUGCCUGCACGUUUGAUCCUAGAUACAUUGGUUUUGUUGGAGAUGAAGCUAUUGUGGCUAUCGCUAGCAAUUGCCCGGGAUUGACAGUGCUUCAUCUGGCCGAUACGGCGUCGUUGUCGAACGGCAGGGGAGAUCCGGAGGAGGAAGGGUUUAGUAGUGAGGAUGCUGGAAUCAGUACCACCGCCCUGUCGAAGCUGUUUUCAGGGCUUCCACUGCUGCAAGAGCUGGUCCUAGAUGUCUGUAAAAAUGUCAGAGACAGCGGGGCGACACUGGAGAUGCUGAAUUCCAGAUGUCCCAAGUUGAGGGUGCUUAAACUCGGGCAUUUUCAUGGGUUGUGUUUGGCGAUUGGGUCGCAGUUAGACGGUGUUGCACUAUGUCAAGGGCUUGAGUCUCUGUCGAUAAAGAACUCGGCCGACUUGACAGAUAUGGGGUUGAUAGCGAUUGCCAGAGGAUGUUCCAAGUUGGCCAAGUUUGAGAUUCAUGGUUGCAAGAAGGUUACAUGGAAGGGUAUAAGGACAAUGGCUUGUUUGCGUCGCCCGACUCUAGUUGAAUUUAAGAUUUCUUGUUGCAAGAACCUUGACGCGGUGUCUGCUUUGAGAAGCUUGGAGCCAAUUCGAGACCGGAUUCAACGACUGCACAUUGACUGCAUUUGGGAUAGGUCCGAGCAGUUUGAGGAUUCGGAGGAAGCGAUAUUGGCUCACAGUUUUGACCUUAACGAAUUGGAGCAACCAAGUAUCUCCAGCCAGGAUGAUGAUCGAUUCUGGGACCAUGAGGCCUCCAUCAAGAAGAAAAAGCGCAAGUACACCACUGAUCUGGACGCUUCCUACGAGCAAAACAAUGGCAAUGGGAUCUGCUCAAAAACUUGGGAACGCCUGCGAUGCCUCUCUCUUUGGAUUGGCGUAGGUGAGCUUCUGCCUCCAUUAGCAAAGGCAGGUCUUGAUGAUUGCCCGUGCUUGGAGGAGAUUCAGAUAAAGGUUGAAGGAGACUGUAGGGAACGGUCAAAGCCAUCACAGCCAUUUGGGCUGAGUUCUCUCAUGCGAUAUCCUCGGCUGUCAAAGAUGAAGUUGGAUUGUGGUGAUACCAUAGGCUACGCUCUUACUGCGCCUUCAGGGCAAACGGACUUGAGCACGUGGGAGCGGUUUUACCUGAAUGGGAUUAAGAAUCUGACUCUCAAUGAGCUGGAUUAUUGGCCGCCACAGGACAAGGAUGUUAACCACAGGAGUCUCUCGCUCCCAUCUGCUGGCUUGCUUGCUGAGUGCGUUACACUGAGGAAGCUGUUCAUCCAUGGAACCGCACACGAGCAUUUCAUGACCUUCUUACUUGCUAUCCCAAAUUUGAGGGAUGUACAGCUAAGAGAAGAUUAUUACCCUGCACCUGAGAAUGACAUGAGCACUGAGAUGAGGAUCGACUCCUGCAGUCGCUUUGAAGAUGCAUUGAAUAGGCGGAGGAUACUUGAUUGAACCUGGGAGAGAGGCAUGUCUUGAGUUUUGAGAAUUGAGAUCCCAUUCAAGCUCCUUAUCUCCUUUUCCUUUUAGCAUUUUUGCUUCCUUAGUUUGCCGUUGGCCAUGCCUUGUUUAUUAGUUCUUAGAAAUGAAUCCAUUUUAAAUACUUCAGACCAA